CAGUGUAGCUCCGCACCCUUCUCACCGACUCCAGAGCUUGUGUGGAUGUUUGAUUGGAUUGACACCAGUCCGACUCACACAGCUGGACAAGAUCUCUUGAAGCUGUAGGUUUUCUGAAGAUCUUUCGAGUUUACCUCUUCACCAGAACUUGAUAAAAUGGAAAAGCAGGGGCCCCCUACUGAUAUCCCAGCGCCACCCUACCCUGGCCCACCUUUGGAGCAGAGCACGUCAACCAGCCAACCACAACCGCCCUCUUAUCCAGUUUCACAACAGAUGUACCCACCACCCCAAUCGGCAUCAUACCAGACAGCUCCUCCCCAAGUUCAAACUGCACCAUACCAGCAGCCGCAGAUGCAGAUGAAUCCUCAACUUCAGCAGCAGCCUCAGUUUCAGCCGCAGUUUCAGCAGCAGCCUCAGUUUCAGCAGCAGCCUCAACAGCAGCCGCAGCAUCAGGUGGUACAAACCGUGAACCAUAUGGUGGUGGUUCAGCCGCAUCCCACUGAUUGCCCUGGACAGAUGCGGUGCCCCCAUUGCCAGAACACUGUAGUGACGAAGACCGAGCACAAAGUGGGGAUGCAAACCUGGCUCAUCUUUGGUGUGCUGGGAAUCAUCGGAUGCUGGCCCUGCUGCCUCAUCCCCUUCUGCGUUAAUUCCUGCAAAGACGUGCAGCACUCCUGUCCCUCCUGCAACAACGUGCUGCAUGUGCACAGACGCAUGUGAUGACCUGAAUGCCUUGCAGACUAAAUCCAAUCAGCUUCUCUCUAUUUUGUACAUUAACCUAUUCUUCUCUUUGUCUGAUGUGCAAUCAAGUUGUGAACCUGAAAUGUAAAAAUUUGAGAAAAUAAUCAAAACAGCCUCUUUUCAUGUAAUGAUUGCUCUCCUCCUGUACAGUAAACAUCAGCUGCAGUUGAAUUUUGAGUCAAACUUAUUUGAAUUCCUCUCACAUAAACCCAAAAGGUAUAAGUUGGUUAAAACUAAUCUAGUUUUUUGUUUCAUGGCAGUACAUGUGUGAUCAGGUCUGAUUAGUCUUUGAACAGAAGAACAUUUGGAACGUCCAGGUCAGGGUUAGGUCAGGAAGGGCAUCUGAUCUAAAGCCAAAGGUAAACCACGUAGGUUCAUUUUGGGGUGAUCAUUGAAUAAACAGCAAUGAUCAGUUUUGUCUUCAUGCUGCUGUUUACUGCCUUUUUGAAAACCAAAAAGAUGACUUUAUUUAUUACCAUAAAUUGUUCAACUUGCCCAUUUUGUUUAAAUUGUGAUCAAAUAUGUGCACUUAAAAAAUUACGAGGCAAGCUUUUCUAUUUUGUCAUUGUACAAAAAGUAAUUAGGAAAUUGCUAUUUUUAAAGGUUUAGUAUUAAAGUCUACCUACUUUAGGCCUUUAAACAAUUUAAUUACUUUUAUUCGAUUUUAAAGUUACUUUUACUUUACUUAGGGUAAAGCUUUUAAUAACAAGAUUCAUAAAAAAACUAGCAGAAAUACAUUUUUGUCUUGUUGCAUACCUGACUGUUGCUUUAUAUUAAUUAUGUCAAAAAAGAUACCUACCAAUAGUCUUUGUUCUGAUCAGAACAUGUUUUUCAGAAUCAUGUUUUGUCACUUUUAUCACUUCAUUUUUUGUCUCUCGCAUAUAAAUAAAUAAAUCUAAAUUUAGCAU